UAACCAACUGAGCCACCCAGAUGCCCCAGGAUUUUAUUUUUAAGUAAGCUCUAUACCCACCAUGGGGCUCGAACUCACAACACCGAGAUCAAAAGUCGCUUGUUCUACCGGCUAAGCCAGCUAGAUGCCCCCAUAAGUCUCCCUUUUCUACUUUCCCAAAAUGGGUUUGUAACUUUCUUUUUAUUUCCGGUUCACAGAAUUAGAUCAAUAUUUCUCUCAUUUCAUUAAGAGCAUUCUACAGAAUCAUUCCUAGUGUAUUCCAUUGCAUAGUUCUACCAGGGUAGGAACUGCCUUCUCUUUUUACUUGACUAGACUAGGUAAUGGUCUGUUUCUUUUCCUUAGAAAGUCUGCUCUUGGAUUUUCUUAUCAGUUCUCUUAAUAACAGAUUUUUCUUUCUUAGUUUUUUGCUUUCGCUUUCGUCAGAUUUAUUUUAAAAAUCGAUCUUUUAACCUCUUACGUCAAAUUUCUAAUUUGCUUUCUUCCUUUCUUGUUUAUAGUGAAAACGCUUGGCUGUGGGUCCUAUUUUCUUAGAUAUUCUCGAAUUGUCACUUUGGUUUCUCUGUCUGCCUAUUUAGCUGGUCUCUGCUCCAUGGAGACAGAGUGUGUGUCUUUUGUCAACCCAGAACACCCAGGUAUAGAGUAAUUGCAGAAUGGAGGGUUUAAUGGCUCUAUUAGCUCAACCUUAUUAAAUUGCUCAGUUCUUCCAUCGCUCUGUUUUGUUGUUUAUUUUGUAUUAACCCUGCUAAUGACUGAGUUCUUUUAACAUCUCAUAGCUGUAGUAUUUUGAAUUUGUUUUUGUACUUCCUACAGUUUUUUUCUUUAUGAAUUUCUUAUUGUUAUUUCUAGUUCAUGAGAGUUACAUCUUUAUGGUGGAUUUUAUUCUCUUGACCAUUAUAAAAUGACCCAAAUGUUUUAAAUAUUUCAUAGUUUUAAAAAAAUGACCCUCUUUAUCCUGUGUGUGUACUGCAUUUCUCAGUAUGAAGGAUGGGGUUGGGAGAACAGGUAAAAUUAGAGGUCAAAAGAUGUAUUAUACUUUGGAAAAUGAUGCUGGCCUCAAAUAAGGCAGUGACAGGGCCACAGAGAGAAAUGUGCAAGCUCUAGUGAUCGUGGGGGGGAAAUGAAGAUGCAGUGAUUUGUUGCAGGAAAGGGGACGAUGACAUACAGGUUUCUGUCAUGGCCAACGAGGUAGAUAGAAGUGCAUUACUUGUGCUGAAAACAGACACGAGGACUUCCUCACCUCCGUGCCUUUGCUCAUUGUGCCUCACCACCUUCUCUUUCUCCAUCUGAUGAACUCCCUCCUUCAAGGCCCUCUCAGCAGUCACCUCCUCUCUGUGGUUUCCCUGUGCUCUCCACCCAGGAUUCCUUCUCUGUUAUCCUGGCACCUGGUCUGUCCAUGUGUCUAACAUGCUACUACAGAUAGUCACACACACAUCUGGCUUUCCUUUUGUACUGUGUGAUGUCCAAGUUCAUAGGGAUGUUUAUCACGCAUUCUGAAGAAUUGACCUUUCACAGUUCUGAUUUCUCACAGCAUAAACGUAUACAUUCUAUUUUUGUUUUAUCUACAUUUGCUCUUUCAGUUCCCAAGCACCUGUUAGUUGCUGCCCAGUUACUUCUUUUAUAUAGAUACAGAUGGAGGUUCAAAAAUGGCUUGAGAUCAAAGGAAGGAGCCUGGGUUGGUGUGUUUGUGGUGGUUUUGAAGGUCUAAAUACCCAAUUCGGCGACAUCCUCCAAAUGAAUGAACUGCUCAUUGGCUGUCCUACCCGGCCUGUGAAAUAUUGUUUCUCCAGUAUUCCCAAUACAUUUCCAACAGAUUAAGGUCAUUCUGUGACCGUGAUGAAUCAAGCAGAAACAAGGCCACUCCGUAGUCACCUCCGAACUGAGACAAGAAAAAAGAAGAAUAUCGUCCAAACAACAAAACUGACCAAACACCCCCUAUCCUAGCUAAUAUGAGUAACCACUGCUACUUUCCCAGUUGUAGUUUUGGCCUCGCUGCAUUCUUCCUUUCUUCUAGGUGUGUUCCUGGCGGUCUUUGGCUGGAUGGUGUUGACAAGUUUUUAAGAGGGUCCACCAGUGAACCCAUAUGGGAUCCAUGCCCUUCAGCAGUGUGACUGUAGCUUUUACCCAGGAUGGGUGGAGGCACUUGAUCCCUGCUCCUAAGGACAGGUUCAAGGAGGGGAUACCAGAAAACACCAGGAACUUGGUCCUGCUGGGAGGGGCGGGGUGACCUCAGGCCAGUUCCUCCAUAUUCAGUAAGUUCUUAUCUUUUUUAAUAACUUGCUUUGGGGACUUCACUUCACUCCUUGACUUGACCCCUCCUUGGCACUGUGUCUGUCUUAAUUACUGCUGCAUCCCCCAGUGCCUGGCACCAAGUGCUCAAUAAAUACCUACUGAGUGAGUGAAAUAAGCGACCUGACUAGUGUGUUUCCACUCCCUUGAGUUCUGGUGGCUAUUUAUACUUAAUCUACAUCUCUAAAGCCCAUUUUCCCCCUUGAAAAGGACUUCCAGUGUCCCAGCCUGGCAUGAACUCUCAGUUGGAACAAAGGGAAGAAGGCCCGUGGAUGCUGGAGGGAGGAGGCCUGAGGAGCACCUGCACCGACUGGAAGAUUAUGUCUGAAUCACCACCCGAGCAAGACACUUCUGAAAACUCAUUCCAAGAGCCAAGUAUAGAGAUGCCCCCUGGGGAGUCAGACCCCAGGAACAGUGAACCGGGGAAGGGCUUCAACCUGAGACCAGUCCUUUCUCCACAACAGAGAGUUCCUACAGAAGUGAGACCCCGCAAAUGGGAAGCACAUACAAAGAGCCUCAGGAAAAAUUCAGAUACCACGAAGCCUCACAAAGCGAAACCAUAUACGUGCAGUGAAUGCGGCAAAGCCUUCAGUUACUGCUCCUCCCUGUCUCAGCAUCAGAAGAGUCACACUGGGGAGAAGCCGUAUGAGUGCAAUGAAUGUGGGAAGGCUUUUGGCCAGAGUUCAUCUCUCAUUCAGCACCAGAGGAUUCACACCGGAGAGAAGCCUUACAAAUGCAACGAAUGUGGAAGAGCCUUCAGCCAGAACGCCAACCUCACCAAACACCAGCGAACUCACACGGGAGAGAAGCCCUACAGAUGCAGCGCGUGCGACAAGGCCUUCAGUGACUGCUCAGCCCUCGUCCAGCAUCAGCGAAUCCACACAGGAGAAAAGCCCUACGAGUGCAGCGACUGCGGGAAGGCCUUCCGCCACAGCGCGAAUCUCACAAACCACCAGAGGACGCACACAGGGGAGAAGCCAUACGAGUGCAGGGAGUGUGGGAAGGCCUUCAGUUACUGCGCCGCCUUCAUUCAGCACCAGCGAAUCCACACGGGGGAGAAACCCUACAAGUGUGGCGCAUGCGGGAAGGCCUUCAGCCAGAGCGCAAACCUCACAAACCACCAGAGGACUCACACGGGAGAGAAGCCCUACAAGUGCAGCGAGUGUGGGAAGGCCUUCAGCCAAAGUACAAACCUCAUAAUCCACCAGAAGACCCACACUGGGGAGAAGCCCUAUAAAUGUAAUGAGUGUGGGAAAUUUUUCAGUGAGAGUUCAGCCCUCAUUCGACAUCACAUCAUUCACACAGGAGAAAAACCCUAUGAGUGCAAUGAAUGUGGGAAGGCGUUUAACCAGAGCUCCUCCCUAAGUCAGCAUCAGAGAAUCCACACUGGUGUGAAACCCUAUGAAUGUGCCGAGUGUGGGAAGGCCUUCAGGUGUAGUUCAGCUUUCAUUAGACAUCAGAGACUCCAUGCUGGGGAGUAACCAGAAACAACCAAAAAGCGGGUAGGGACCUGACAGGCAUUGCAGGUAGUUUGAAAACCUCUGGAGACCUCGGGCUUUUUAUAGUCUGUAGCUCAGAGCCACAUGCAAAAAAAAAAGCACCUUUAAUAAAUAGUCCCUACUUUACAUGUUGUA